UCCGCCUGGGUACCAGUACCGGGAGGGCUACGGCGAGGCGAGUGGGUGGUGGCACAUCCACCUGCCGGGCGGCGGGUGGUGCGCGUCGCUGGACAAGUGCUUGGCGCGCUCCAAGUCCAAGCUCGGCUCCACGCGUGGCCUGCAGAACGGCAUGCCCACAGGGAGCCGCAGCAGCAGAAAGGCGAGCAACGACAACGGCGACCCCGAUGCUCCCCCGCGCGGCAUAACGAGUGCGGAUGCCGCCACGAACCCCACCUUUUACAACUGGCACCUCGUGCGCCCCGUCUACUGCGAUGGGGGGGGCUUCGCCGGGCGCGCGGGGUACAAGGCGGCGGGCAAUGGCAGCGAGGGCGUUCAUAUGGACGGCUGGCGAAUCAUCCACGCCAUUCUCGGCGACCUGCGCAAGAAUAGGGGCAUGACGGCACCAGCGCGCAUUCUGCUGUCGGGCAGCUCGGCGGGCGGGCAGGCGGUGGUGACGCUGUGCGACCUGCUGCCGCUGCUCUUCCCGCGCGCGCUCGUCAAGUGCAUCAUGGACGCUGGGCUGUUCCUGGAUGCGGAGGACCGCACAAAGCGGCGGGCGUUUGCAGGCAUGGUGAAGGCCACGGUGGCGCUGCACAACAUGCGAGUCAACUGGCGCUGCAGUCAAACCAUGUCCGCGGCCAACCAGUGGCGCUGCUUCUUCCCGCACCAAGCUUUACGCGUCGUGUCGUCCCCCGUGCUGGCGGUGAACUCGCUGUUUGACUACCGCGCGCUCAUGCUGGGCAACCAGCUGCCCGCCAACCAGGCCCGGGCCACGGCCUGCCUGCGCCAGAUCGCCCGCGAGGGCGGCACCGACUUGCUCAAGCUCGUCAACAGCCAGUCCUGGCGGCGGGACCGGUCGGCACUGGCGGAGAUUCAGGCAAGGGGGAUGUUGUUUCCUGGAGCAGGUGCAGCAGCAGCUGAAGCACCUAUGUGCGCGCCUGAGGAGCACAAGGCAGUGUUGAAUGUGGCGUGGCAGAUGGUUCAAUACACGGAUGCUGCUUCCCUGGAGCCCGGACCCACCAGCUUAAUUCCUUCCUACGGUAGCAUUAUAGCCACAUUUUGUGCGCAACAGCAGUACACCAGACACCAACAUUUAAGCUACCCGUCCCACGAGCUCAUGCUACUCCACUCGAACAGGCCGGUUUCUCUUGGGUGCUUCUGCUGCCUUGUUGCUUCUGCUCCCAUCCUCACCAUCUUCCCCCUUUCCUACCCCCGCCUCCUCUCCCCCAGCACCACUAUCAACAUCGUUGUCGACUGA